AAUAAAAUAGAAGAGAGAGAGAGAGAGAGAGAGCUUUUUUCCGAAGAAAAAAUUGGGAGAAAAUCAAGCUGUUUCAAUGGCGGACAACAUAAAAGAUGAGCAAGAAACCACACCCACUUCACCAUCACAAGCAGCAUCAUCAUCAUCAUCAUCAUCGUACAUGUUACUUCUUAUGAUUAUGAGCAAAAGGAGAACAUGGGUAUGUAUUUUCGUUACAGUGUACGCCAUACUUUUAACAUCUUCAUGGAAUUUCCUUAAAUCCAUACUUUCUUGGUACAAAUUACAAUCCCAGCCAUCUUCGUCGGCUUCUGGGUGGCCGGCGAUUUACGCCUCUGUCCUUCUAGGGGCAGUUUUCGGGCUGCUUUCAAUGGUUGCAGCCCUUGCAGUGCUGGUUCCAGCCACUCUGGUGACGUGGAUCACUGUUGUGGUUCUGCUUGCCUUCUUUGGGAAGCCCAGGAAGGCUUUGGUUGUGGAAGGGAGGAAGAUUACGAGGGAGAUUGUUGGAUUUGUGCUCAAGAUUUUGUUGAAGGAAGGGAAUGUUGUGGCGGCUGUUUGUGCUGUUUUGGGUUACUUUGCACUUGUUAGGAGGAACAGCAGUGAGGGUGAUAAUUCAUAGGAUAAAUUACAAGUGUUUGGUGUUUGAUUCCGACGAGGUUGUUUGUGCUUCUGCGGAUCGAUUUGGGGCGGUGGGAUUUUGGUCAAGUUUCUAUUUUGGGCUUUCGCUUAGGAACUGGACAUGGAAACCUCUUCUUGAUGAGAUGGUACUAUAUUUGGCAAUUCUGAUGUAUGUUUUUUUUUUUUUUUUUUACUGACUAAGUAAUUUCAUGAGCUCUUCUUCUUCUUCUUCUUGCUUUGGUUGGUCUUGUAGGGCAAAUUGUGCCUUUUUUUCCUGUUUUUUUUUUACUGAAUUAGGAGUUUUAGCUAGGGUGAAGAGUAUUCUCAUGAAAACUCUGUUAUAUGAAGAUGUAUUUUGUGGGAGAAUGAGAUGUUAUGUGAAAACCUACUCGUAUGUCAUAGCCAGUAGCUUCAUCUACUUGAUUGUGGCAGAAAUGUUCUCCUAGACUCGUACAUGAAGGAAUAUCAUGCCUCACCAAAAAUGGACAUGAUUAAACA